UUAUGUGCCAGUUUGCGCAAUAUUCCAUAAACAGCAGCUCUGACAGGUUGUGUUCAUGUGAGUCUUAUUGGAAAAUGCUAACUCAAUACACAGUUGCAUUUUGAGUCAAGCUUGUGGCUGAAUGCUAAACCAGCUGUUUAGUCAACGAAAGACCCCUUCACCUCUCCAAUUUGUGCAGAACAGAGCUGAACGGGUUCCAGACGAUGACGUAGCAGAAAAGGAUAGCAACAGUUGCCUCGAGACCCUCACGCGCCAUAGUGACUGUAGUCGUGGAGACAGUUACCAACGGGAGCAACACGCAGCAACAGCAGCAGCAGCAACGGGAAAAGUGAGUGUGUGAGAGAAAGGACAGCCAGGGCCGAACUAAAGAGAAGGCAAAGUGUUCAGCAUGCAGAGCUCAGAGGGCGGGUCUGACUCCGCCUCCACCGUGGUGCUGCACACCUCCACCUCCGUCCAGGCCCCCGUGGUGCAGCCCGUCCCGGCCUCCCAGCAGGUCCAUCAUGUGGUUCAGCACGUGUACCCAGUCCAAACCCAGUAUGUAGACGGAGGGGAGGCCGUCUACCCCAACGGAACCAUCCGGGCGGCCUACUCCUACAACCCCCAGGCCCAGCUGUACGCGCAGUCGGGCGGGGGCGGCUACAUGGACGCGCAGGCCGGCGGGGGCGGGGGCCAGGUGACCGCCGUGGUGUCGUCGGCCAGCGUUCCCUCCCACGGCAUGGCGGGCGUCUCCAUGGAGGCCAGAGGCGGGCAGAUCAUCUCCGGCGGCAACGCUUACAUCAUCCACAGCGGCUCGGCCGAGGGCAGCCGUCACCACACCUCCCGCUCCUCCUCUGCAAUGCUGCAGUGGCUGCUGGACAACUACGAGACGGCGGAGGGGGUGAGCCUGCCGCGCAGCUCCCUGUACUACCACUACCUGCGCCACUGCCAGGAGCAGAAGCUGGACCCCGUCAACGCCGCCUCCUUCGGCAAGCUCAUCCGCUCCGUCUUCAUGGGCCUGAAGACCCGCCGGCUGGGGACCAGGGGGAACUCCAAGUACCACUACUACGGCAUCCGGCUGAAGCCCGAAUCCCCGCUCAACCGCUUGCAGGAGGACUCCCAGUACAUGGCCAUGAGGCAGCAGUUUGUGCACCAGAAGCGCAGGUACAAGCCGCUGCAGAGGAUGGACAGCAUGGGCGACGGCCUGUCCGGCGGCCCCCAUCACCUGAGCAGCCCCCCCGAGCAGUCCGAGUCCUCCCAGAGCCAGCACCACCAGCAGUACAUCGAUGUGUCCCAUGUCCUGCCCCCGUUCCCCUCCCCGGACCCGGGCUCGCACCCCCUCCCCGACGGCAUCGCGGCGGGCGACCUGAAAAAGCUGCAGAGCCUGUACCGGGACCACUGUGAGGCUACUCUGGACGUGGUGAUGAACCUGCAGUUCCACUACAUCGAGAAGCUCUGGCAGACCUUCUGGUGUUCAGCAGCGCCAUCUAGUGGCAGAGCCACCCCACUGCCUGGCAGCGAGGGGGAGGCAGACGGCGCCCUGUCCCAGGAGAAGCUGGUGGCCCUGUGCCACUACGAGCCGGUGACGCAGUGGAUGCGCAGCUGCGACCACGUCCUGUACCAGGCCCUGGUGGAGAUCCUCAUCCCCGACGUGCUCCGCCCCGUCCCCAGCACUCUCACGCAAGCCAUCCGCAACUUUGCCAAGAGCCUGGAGGGCUGGCUGACCGCCGCCAUGAGCCACUUCCCCCAGGAGAUCGUCCGUACCAAGGUGGCAGUAGUGAGCGCGUUUGCGCAGACGCUGCGCAGGUACACGUCUCUGAAUCACCUGGCUCAGGCGGCCCGGGCGGUGCUGCAGAACACCUCACAGAUCAACCAGAUGCUCAGCGACCUCAACCGAGUGGACUUCACCAACGUGCAGGAGCAGGCCUCGUGGGUGUGCCAGUGUAAUGAGGCCAUGGUGCAGCGCCUGGAGCAGGACUUUAAGGUGACCCUGCAGCAGCAGAGCUCUCUGGACCAGUGGGCGCUCUGGCUGGACAGCGUGGUCAAUCAGGUCCUCAGGCCCCACGAGGGCAGCCCCAGCUUCCCCAAGGCCGCGCGCCAGUUCCUGCUCAAGUGGUCCUUCUACAGCUCCAUGGUGAUCCGGGACCUGACCCUCCGCAGCGCCGCCAGCUUCGGCUCCUUCCACCUCAUCCGCCUGCUCUACGACGAGUACAUGUUCUACCUGGUGGAGCACCGCGUCGCCCAGGCGACCGGCGAGACGCCCAUCGCCGUCAUGGGAGAGUUCAGUGACCUCAGCUCUAUGACCCUCAUGGAUAAAGACCCGUCUCACUUCCCUGGCGAUAUCGGGGAUCUGAGCAGCAACGGAGACGCGUCCAGGGACCCCGGGGAACUGCCGGUCAAGAGGGAGAGGAUCGAGAUCAGCCACUCGCUGCAGGAGAUCUGAGACCCGCCCACCCCACACCCCCCCCCAACCCCCCCACCCCCAGUCCUGCGCUGGGAGGGUGGGCGGAGUUACCCAUCAGCUCUACAGCUCCACACGAGCUCACGCAGUUUCCGCAGCGUCAACCGUGCGCUCAGGGCACUGCCUUUCAGGUUCCCCUGACGGGAGCUUUAGAUUCCUUUAGCAAGAAGGGGGGGAAAAAAAACAAACUGUCAGUAGAUUGUGGCAUUUCUGGGUUACAGGCCCAGGCAACAACAAAACGUCCUCACAACGUUGCUGCAACGUCGUGGCAACGUUAUGACAUUUCAGCGACGUCGCGAGGACCUUUCACGUUGCCCGGGGUAACGCCCCCGGCCUCGUUCCCUCUCCCCCCGCUGCGGUUCAUAUUGAGAACUCGGCGCGGAGCCGAAGUCCAGCAGGACACGCGUGGCCUCUUUACGAGCGGCAUUUUUUUACAGCUGUGCUGUAGCGCCGCUCCAGUGCCUUUACGACUGUGGCAACCGACCCUGUUCCUGGAGAUCCGCCGUCCUGUAGGUUUUCACUCCGGCCUUAGCAAAGCGCGCCUCAUUCAUACAGAUAACAAUCCGCGUUGAGCUGAUGAUUGGUGAGAGUGCGGGUGUGCCAAAUUAGGGUUGGAGUGAAAGCCCUGCAGGACGGUAGAUCUCCAGGAACAGGGUUGGUUACCACUGCUUUGUCAGCUACUAAGCCCCUCCCCCCCCCCCGUCCACAGAAACUCCGCCCUCUGCUGUGCCUCUUGAUGUUCACCGCGUAGGAAUGUACGGUUUCAGAGCCUCCACCCUUGAAGCUCCUUGCAGCUCCGGAAAUGGGCGGAGGGUUACUUCACACAGUAAUGCAGACCCCCGCCCCCACACCCACACCCCUGGGGGCAUGACACUGUGCCCCCGUGGGGCCGUUUCCAUGCCAGCCAAGACCUUACUUUGCAGCGAAAAUGUUGGGUCAUUCUCCGGCAGCCGGGUCUCCGGAGCAAGGCCCUCCCCCUGGGCUCCUGAGCCAACCGUUGGACCGAGUCGGCGUUCUCCACACUCUCAUUGGCUCUGCUCCGCCGCCGCUCACCCGCAUGCUGUGUGCUCUGCGCUCACGGCAGUUUUCAGCAGGUGGCGCUGCUGCAGUGGCUGAGCCUGCAGAGCUCAGGCCCCUCCCUCCUGGCUCUGUUCCAACCCCCACUGGUCAGCUAUCAAAGGCAUCGAGCCCUUUCUCUUAUAAAACAAAAUGAAACCUAAGAACAUUUAUUUGGGGGCUCUGAAGGCAGUUCAUGAAAGUUCAUUUUGCGGUCUCCUGCAUUCUGUGUGCAGCUGAACCACUCCCACCAUAAUAAACUGUAAGGCUGGAAAUAGCCUUUUGUUCUAGAUUUCCUUUACGCACGGUCCAUGUAAUGUAGCAGCCGUCUUAUAUGAAGUAAGGGGUUAACGGGAUUUUUAAAAACCAAACUCAAAUGUUUGUACUGUACAUGUAUCUUGAGCUGUUGAAGAAUGUACAGUUGUAACUGAGGCCGUCUCCCUCACGUGAAAUGACUAGACUAAACGCGCAGCAGGCUAACCAUAUGGCAGGCUAACCGUACAGUGGGUAACCACACAGCAGGUUAGCCGUAAUGUAGGUUAGCCUGUCUGCUACACACAGAAAAUUAACUGUAACGCAGGCUAACACGACAGGCUAAAUUAGCGGCAGGCUAAACCCAUGGCGGGCGAACAGCAGGCUGGCUAACUGCGCGGCGGGAAAUAAAACAGGCGGGUCGUUCCGAAAGGUCAGAGAGCCGACCUUUGUUUUUUCAGUUCCAGCGACGCUUUCCACGCAACCUUCAGGCCCGAUUCCUGACACGCCUUUUAUUUAUGAACACUACUUCAAUGUGCAGGUAAUAAUUUGACCAUUUCCUCUUAUGUCAUCGCCAAGACAGCCUUUGUGUUGUUUUAGGGUCGUUUGCUGCAAGGCUACCUGGCUUUGUUCCUUUGAGGCUUGCGCUAGUCACAGUGGGGAACAUCGUUUCUUAAAUGUAAUUGAACUUACUGUUUUUAAUGCUGUUUAAACCUGGGAUGAGGGUUUAUUUUCUACUGGUCUAGUUCUGAUUCUUACUCUUGAGUAUGUUGAAUGUUUAUUUUUACAGCCUGUUCUUGACUACACUUUCCCUUGCUGGAAAGCAGAC